AUGCAGAUCACCAGAAUUGCCAUUUUCCUCUUCGCCGCAAUGGGCGCGGUUGCCAGCCCCAUUGUGGCCGAGUCGAGGGAUGUUGAUGCCCAAGCUCUAAGUAAAUACGGAGGAGAAUGCAGUAAGGAACAUAACACGUGCACAUACCGAAAGGAUGGAAAGGAUCACAUAGUCAAGUGCCCUUCGGCUGAUAACAAGAAGUGCAAGACUGAUCGCCACCACUGUGAAUAUGAUGACCACCACAAGACGGUCGACUGCCAAACACCGGUUUAA